GUACUUACCCUCUAGCUGCAACCGUUAAGACAAUCUCCAAGUUAAUUAUCUACAAGUUUCUCCCUUUCAAAUCACUCAUACCCUACUCUGCAGGUGCCUUGAUUAUUUUCUGGUUAUUUUGUCAAUCAUGGCACCACCAGAUGGAGAGGCUAUUGCUAGCACUUACAAUAAGACCAUCAGCUUCUCCAAGCCACCAAGACUCUCAAACGACAAUAAUCUUCAUCGAACAAUAUCCGAUAUCUCUUAUGAACUGAGCAAGGAAGCAAUAGAUAUCAAGCAGCUCCCACCAAUAUCUGAGGUUGAAGAUGCAAAAUGUGAGUGUUGUGGCAUGAGUGAAGAGUGCACCCCCGAGUACAUUGAUCGCGUUCGUAACAAGUUUUUAGGGAAGUGGAUUUGUGGGUUGUGUGCAGAAGCAGUGAAGGAAGAGAAGGAGAAAAAAAGAUGCAAAAUAGAGGAGGCCGUGAAUGCUCAUAUGAGUGCAUGUGCAAGGUUUAACAAGUUUGGUAGGGCAUAUCCAGUCCUGUCCCAAGCUGAGGCCAUGAGGGAGAUCUUGAAGAAAAGCACAAGAAGGGCACAAUCUUUUAGUCCUAAAGGUGCUCAAAAGAAUGGAGGAGGGAUUGCCAGGAGUUCUAGCUGCAUUGCAGCUAUUACAAGGGACAUGACCAAUUUUACAAUGGCAAAUUGAGUGGCCAAAAGACUUCUUAAUGUUCUUAAAUAUCCUCAUCUUUUCUGAACCAUUAACUAUUUUUCAUUAUUGCCUUUCUAUGAGUAUCCCCUUCAGGUCUUGCACAUGUUUUUCCUGGCUUCAUUUUAUGGAACAACCUUUUUGGUUACCUUGCAAAGGUUUUUUGGGUUGAUCCAUGCUUGUUUUAUCCCUUUCAACUAAAGGGCAUUUUAUUUUCUUCCCUUGGUUGUUUUCUGCAUCCACCUUUCAUAUAUUUUUAACUUCUUUGGUUUUUCUAGGUGGGUCUAAAUUCUGCUUUCUUCCCUCUUUUGCUCUUUUGGGUUAUCUUACAUGAUCAAAAAUUGAUCAGUACGUCUCUCUCUCUCUCGUGGAAUUUGUCCAAAACCUCUGAUUCUCUUGCUCUUCCUGCCACUUUCUUCUGUUAUGCAUAAAAAUCCUCUGGCUAGCAGUUCUUUUAUUGGCAAAAUGUGGCAAUUUUCAGCUGAUGAUUUAUGUAAUAACAAGGAUUUAGUUGUUAGACGCUGUGAAGGGCUGUGUCAAAUAUAGUUCUCACUUUCACUCUAACCUCUGGGUCUUCCGUUGAACCAUGUACUCAAUCUAUAUAUCUGGAUAAAUAUCUAUUUUGAAUUGAUUAAAUAAAUUAUUAUGCUGCUUUGAAUA